AUGGCCAUCGAGAAUGUCGCUCUCGUCGGCGCCAACGGCACCCUCGGCUCCGUUCUCCUCGCUAAGCUUGUCGACUCGGCCGCUUUCAGCCUGACAGCCGUCAUCCGCAACGGCUCCUCCUCCUCUCCGCCCUACCCCACCUCCCAAGUCCGCGUCGUACAUGUCGACAAGGAACUCACCUUCGCCUCGUUGAAGGCGGCGCUCACCGGCCAGGACGCCGUCAUCGCCGCCUUCCCUCUGAAAAGCCCCGACGCACACAUUCGCCUUGUCGAGGCGGCCGCCGCAGCAGGCGUCAAGCUCUUCAUCCCCGCCGACUUUGGCAGCAUUGACGCUGACAAUGCGCGCGCGAGGGAGCUGGUCCCCCUCUAUCGGCAUAAGCUUGCUGUGCGGGUGCGCGCACAGGAGCUGGCAGAUGAGCAUCCCGGCUUCACCUGGGCGGGUAUCGUCUGCGGGCACUUUUUCGAGUGGGGGAUCACGGAGGGCUUCUUCCACACGGACCUGAAGCGGCGCACGGCUGAUAUAUUUGACGGCGGGAGCCAUCGUGCCUCGACAACGACCUUGACGAGGGUUGGCGAGGCUGUCGUGCGGAUUCUCAAGAUGCAUCCGCGCGAGGACAUCAAAAAUAGGACGCUGUUCAUCCAGAGCUUUUGCAUUGACCAGAAUGAGCUGGUUGCGUCGCUGGAAAAGGCCACGGACGCCAAGUGGACCGUCAACGAUCUUGAGUCGGAGGCCUUCAUCAAGGAGAAGAAGGCCAAGGCGGACGGUGGUAAUGUGGCUGCUGCGGAGGAUUUGGUUUUUGCGAUUGGAACGCUCGACGCGGACUGGACGCAGAGAGAUGACUUUGCUAUGAAGCUACUUGGCUUUGCGGACGAGAAUCUGGACGAAGUCAUCGCCUCGGUGUUGAGCGGUUAA